AUGCCGUCAGCAACGCUUAACAACGGUGCAGCCACCGACCCAGCAACCUUCAAAGUCGCCGUUAUCGGUGGUGGGAUUGGUGGUCUUACAACAGCGCUCAGCAUCGCCUAUCAAAAUCCCACUCUCCAACACAUCACGGUCUAUGAACAGGCUCCAGCGUACAAGGAGAUCGGCGCCGGCAUUGGCAUCGGCGUCAACGCGGCCCGUAUCUUGAAGAAACUGGGCGUUUGGCAAGCGGCCAACGCCAUCUCCGGCGAACGCAAUGGCGUGCACCGGAGCAAUCGGCGAUACGACACCGGCGAGGAGAUCGUGGCAGUCGGCGCGAUGGACGAGGACACCGAGGGUGGUGUCAGGCAAUUGAGCGUGCAUCGUGCAGAAAUUCUGGAUGUCUUGUACCAGGAACUGAAACGAAAUUAUGCCGGUCGCGUUACGCUGAAGACGGAUAUGAAGGCUACUAAAGUCGAGGAUUGUGGCGAUGAAGUGACAAUGCACUUUGCUAACGAGACAAACCCGACGGAGACGGCCAACCUGGUGAUCGCCUGUGAUGGCAUCCACAGCAGCAUUCGAUCACAGUUUGUACUCGACAAGCCUCGAUACAGCGGCCGUAUCGCCUACCGAGGUCUGCUCCCGCUCAGCGCCAUCAGCGACAAGUGGCCUUAUCCCAGCUACGCAGUCAGCUGGUUGGCGCCGGACAAACACUUCCUGGUCUUUCCGAUCUCGCAAAACAAGACGCUCAAUGUUGUAGCUUUUGUGACCAAGCCAGAGAGCGAGCUUGGCGACUUGAAGGAGAGCUGGACCAGCAGUGCUCCUCGCGAGGAGCUCGAGCGCGAGUAUGCAGGCUGGGAACCUACCGUCGGAGCGGUAAUUAGCAAGAUGGAGGCCCGCCCAGGAAAGUGGCGCCUCAACGACCGCGAACUGCUGGAGCAGUGGACGUAUCUCAAUGGCAAGGUCGUGCUGGCUGGUGAUGCUGCCCACGCUAUGCUGCCACAUCAAGGCUCCGGCGCUGGCCACGCCAUCGAAGACGCCUACAUCCUAGGCCUUGUCGUCAGGGACUACUUCUCCAAUCCCGCUCCAGGCGUUGCUGCAUACACCGCCUUGUAUCAAGCCGUCCGGCGGCCCCGCGCUCAGAAGGCCCAAAUCACCAGCCGGCAGGCGGGCGACGUGUACGAGAUGCAGGGCAAGGAGUUCGAAGGUAUCACCUCUUACGAAGACUGUUUGCCGAUCGUGCGCGCGAAACUCGGCGGCCGGAUGAAGUGGGUUUGGGGUCAUGACCUCGAAGCCGAUUAUCAGAAGGGUCGCGAGGAGGCCGGGUUGGCCGUGCAGACGCAGUCGAAAGCAGUGCCCAAGACGAGUGGAGUUGUGAAUGGAGUCGUCAACGGGUCAACCACCGGCAAGAUCGGUGCCACUCAGCCUGGAAUCAACGUCCAGGAGGUCGAGGCUUGA